CAAAGACGACCGUUAAACCCAUCUCCUAAGACUUGUCCAAGGCAUAUAAAUAUAGUCGCCUGUAGGAAAUCUGCCUACCUCUGUAUUUAAACCAUCAUCGAUCAUAAAGAGUAAAUAACCCAAUAUAGGAGGUACCUAAUAUAAAAGCACGAGGUGUAUCAAAUCGGAUAUAAUACACUAAUCAAACCCUACAUCGACAACCAUGGAGAGUGGCUCAAAGAGCACCCCUGACCUCAACGCAGCACAAGUACACGUUCAAAUCCAACCCCCUCCGUCAGACAAUGAUACAGAGAAAGGCCGCCAGGCCAAUGACCAACUUGACGAUGAUGCAGAAGCUUCGCCGAAGCAAUCCGCGUUCAAAUCUCUCGGCUGGCUAGACCGCUUCCUUGCUAUCUGGAUAUUCCUCGCCAUGGCCGUCGGGAUCAUACUAGGCAACUUCGUGCCGGGGGUGGGCGACGCCCUGCAGAAGGGCCAGUUCGUGGGCGUCUCGGUGCCAAUAGCUGUCGGGCUGCUCGUGAUGAUGUACCCCAUACUCUGCAAAGUACGAUACGAGACUUUACACGAGAUAUUCUCCCACCGCGGCGUCUGGAAGCAGAUUGCGUUCAGCGUGUUUGUGAAUUGGAUCGUCGCGCCGUUCUUGAUGUUAGCGCUUGCAUGGGCAUGUCUGCCGGAUAAACCCGAGCUUCGCACAGGCCUUAUUCUAGUUGGCCUAGGUCGAUGCAUCGCAAUGGUACUGAUAUGGACGGGCUUAGCCGGUGGUGACAGCGAGUACUGUGCCAUCCUCGUGGCGAUUAAUUCCAUCCUGCAGAUGGUACUAUUCGCUCCGUUAGCCGUCUUCUUCAUCCGAGUGAUCAGUCGGGAAUCCGGCCCGCUCGACAUCUCAUACGAGGUCGUCGCAACGAGCGUGGGGACUUUUCUGGGCAUCCCGCUCGGUGCAGCGAUGGUAUCGCGCUUUGGACUGCGGGCUCUGGCCGGCCCGCAGUGGUACGACCGCGUCUUCCUGAAGUUCAUUGCGCCGUGGUCUCUCAUCGGCUUGCUGUACACGAUCUUGGUCCUGUUCGCUUAUCAGGGCCAGCAGGUCGUUCAUCAGAUCGUGUCCGUUCUGCGGGUCGCUGUUCCUCUGAUAGUGUACUUCGUUGUGAUCUUCUUUUUGACGCUCUGGGCCACGUACCGGUGCGGAUUCGGGUAUGCCCUCGGCGCUACGCAGAGUUUUACCGCGGCUAGCAACAACUUCGAACUUGCGAUUGCUGUGGCCGUCGCGACGUACGGUCCGAAUAGCGAUCAGGCGCUGGCGUCUACUGUUGGACCGCUGAUUGAAGUGCCGGUGCUGCUUGGACUGGUAUAUGUUGUCAAAGCAAUAGGGGGUAAAUGGGGUUGGAAGGACUGAUUCGUAUAAUGCUAAAUAAUAAUAAAAGUAUAUUGUCUCAGUCUUGGCUUACUGUUCUAAGCGACUGGUUCAUCGGGCGCGAAAGCUCACCCGAAGCCAAAUGCUUCGAAAAGAAAUAGCCUUUGGCUGAAAGCUAGCGCUGGUGUACUCAUGUGUCAUGUCCAUUCUUAUCACAAGUGCUCGCAGCGUACGGUAAAAGCCUUGCUAUAUCCUCGAGGAAAGGCCUCGAAGCAAACUUGAAGACUUCAUUCGUGCUUGCACUCGCGCGGGCAGGAGUGUACGCUUGUAUGGCCCUUGGCUUUUGGUACGGGGAACUGCUCAUCCUCCGUGGUGAAUACUCGCUUCUACAAUUCGUAAUUGUGUACUUCUCCAUUAUGACUGGCGUGUACUCAGCAGGCCUGGUCUUUUCCUUCACGCCCAACCUUAGGAGGUAGGUUAACCUGAGACAUCUUGUAUAACUACCUAAUCCAUAUCAUUCUGGAUUAUACCAAAGAAAGUCUUUUCGUAACCUCUUUGAAAAUCGAUGUUGAAACUAACAUUAAAUCUAU